AUGUACUGUAUGUGCUGUACAUGUACAUACCAUACUCGUCUGUACGUCGUACUAUCCACCUUAUCUCCACCUCAACUGGAUCACCCCACAAACCUUAAUACUGUAUUAUAUUUUCUGUGCUCCGCCUGCAAGGUAUUGAGAGACUUCACCUCUUCCAGCACACGCACAAGCAUCAUGCUUACACCAAAUCAAAUCGAGAAAUUUCAAAAAGAUGGAUGUAUCGUUGUCCCCAACGAGCUGUCUCCAGAAACUAUCUCAUCACUGCUCCAGGAGAGCCACCGGUUACUAUCAGAAUUCUCUCUAGAAGGACACCCCAUGACCAAGUUCUCAACGGGAGACAGUCUAGGGUCAGGGGACGCAAAGCAUAUUGGAGAUGCUUACUUUCUGGAGAGCUCCGAUAAGAUCAGAUUUUUCUUCGAAGAGGGCGCUGUGAGGGAUGGCAAACUGACUGUGGCCAAGGAGAAGGCGGUCAACAAAAUAGGUCAUGCCUUGCACGAUCUGAACCCCGAAUUCAACAAAAUGAGUGUUACAGCAAGGAACAGAGAUAUUGCGACCUCCCUUGGGCUUAAGGAUCCAAAAAUUCUUCAAUCUAUGCUGAUCUUCAAGCAACCUGAAAUUGGAGGCAAGGUGCCCAGUCACCAAGACGGCACGUUCCUUUACACGAAGCCUCAAAGCGCUAUUGGUUUUUGGUAUGCUCUGGAAGAUUGCACCUCACAUAAUGGUACCCUCGCAUUUGUUCCGGGGUCGCACAAGACGCAUCCUGUCUCUAAGCGAUUUGUGAGAGAUGGUGCUGGUGGUACCACCUUCGAAGAUGUUGAAGAUAUUUGUGCUGGUCCAGAGCCCUCGGAAGAAGAAUUUAAAGUCUUAGACAUUCCCGCUGGUUCUCUGGUUCUUAUUCACAACUCCGUCCUGCACAAGUCUGAGGCAAACGUCAGUCAAAAAAGUCGAUUUGCAUAUACUUUCCAUGCCAUUGAUGGCGAGUGUGAAUACGACCGAAGAAACUGGCUUCAAGUGCCCACUACAGGCGGUAAUAACUUUACGCGCCUAUGA